CUCCUCAGCUGCGGACAUCUCCGAGGUCCAGCGGCGGCGGCGAUACCCUCCUCUCCUCUCCUCUCCUCCGACGUCCAGCGGCCGGUCAAGGAGGCUGAAUUGAAGUUGCUCGAUGGAGGACCUACCGGAGGCUCUGAUGACAGAGAUUCUCAAGAGGAUCGCCGCGACAAGUGAUCUGAACUCUCUUUCCCUCGUGUCGAAGCAGCUCUACCAGAUAGAGGGGAAUCAAAGGGGUGCUAUCCGUGUUGGUUCCGGCCUUUGCACCGCUACAAAAGCACUGACAUCAUUGUGCGCCCGGUUCCCAAAUCUGCGGAAAGUGGAAAUCGACUACUCUGGUUGGAUACCUGGACAUGGAAAGCAGCUGGACAACAAAGGACUUUCUGUGCUUUCAUCUCACUGUUCCUCGCUGAUUGACCUCACCUUAAGCUUCUGCUCACGCAUCGAUGACUCUGGGCUUGCUUGUUUAGCUUAUUGCAAGAAAUUGGUGUCUCUCAGGCUGAACUCCACACCACAAAUAACUUCAAUUGGACUUUUCUCGGUUGCAGUUGGUUGCACAAGUCUAUCUGCUCUCCACCUUAUUGGUUGCGAGAACAUCGACAGUGUAGAGUGGCUGGAAUACCUUGGUAGGGAUGGAUCGCUGGAAGAGCUUGUAGUGAAGAAUUGCAAAGGAAUCAAUCAUCAUAACGUCCUAAAGUUUGGUUCAGGAUGGAUGAAGCUCGAGAAGUUUGAAUAUGAGGGCAAAAGAGGAAGAUAUGAUUGUCUUACAGCUGAUGUGGUCUAUGACUCCUCGUACGAUGCUCACAACAUGGAUUUGUAUGAUUUCUGCUGUGAGAGUUUGAAGGAUUUAAGGUUGGCGCGUAUUAAAACUUGGCCGGAAGCAGGACUUCGUGUUGUCCUAGGGAAAUGUAAAGCAUUGGAGAAGCUGUGCCUUGAGUAUGUUUGUGCCCUAAAUGACAAUGACAUGAUUACGUUAUCUCGGAGCUGCAGCAACCUUAAAAGCAUCUCACUUUGGCUCAACCUGCAGCCCUACUCUACUGAUGUCGGCUGUGAAACCAGGACGUCAUUUACAGAUAACAGCCUUUACGCUCUAGCCCUCAACUGUCGCAUGCUUCAGACGGUAGACCUCAACUUUAUAGGAUGUUCCCCUGACUGGCCAUCUGAAAUAGGAUUCACACAGCAGGGUUUUCUGGUGCUCAUUCAGUCCUGUCCAAUUCGUGUUCUCGUGCUCAACAACGCCAACUUCUUUGAUGACGAGGGGAUGAAGGCCCUCUCAUCCUCACCACAUCUGGAGACACUGGAGCUUAUAUUGUGUCAUGCGGUAACUGAUGCUGGGAUGCGCUUCAUUGCGCACACCCCAUGCUUGAGUAAUCUCACACUUCAGUUGUGUCAUUACAUUACUGAUGUUGGAGUGGCUGAACUGAGGCGUGCACAUAAGUUAGACUCUUUGGUCAUUGACUAUUGUGGUGAGGUCUCUAUGCAAGCUGCGCAGGGUGUUGCCAAGUCAGUUCACUACUCCAGCAACUAUUUAGAUGCCGUUAGGAAGAGAAUUGGUCUUGGCGUAUAUUGAUGAAGUGGUCACCAAAAUUUUCACUAUGAAUUUGCUGCUGAAGCCAUUAGGUUGUUCAGUGUGCAUCAUUGAACAAGGCUGUGCCAUCAUCCGACCCAGAUUCACCUCUCUGAAAUUUUUGUUGCCUUCUAGCUUUACUGCAAUGACUUUCCUUUAUGAUGCUCUAAUGAUGAUCUUUGGAUGGUCUCUAGUGAAUGAAACUUUAAUAGUAGGCACUACUUGUGGAUUACUGUCAACUGUAAGCCUGGUAGAUGUUUCGAGACCGGCAUUAGUUGGCCCCAAUAUUCCCUGUUUUUUGCUAUGGAGGCACUGUAUGACCGUUUGGUCUUAUCUGUAUUAUUUAAGCGUUUUAUCGUGGAAGUGAUUUUAAGCGUU